GCGUGCCAACGCUCCUUCUCCCAAACGCUCACUGCCACGCCCUGAGAGCCUCCGACAUCCUCAUACGAGGACCCCCGCUGGCAAGAUGAUGACGCCAAUGCGAUAUGUCCUACUAGUGCUAGGCAUCAUUAUCAGUCUGCACUUCAUCCUCAGCUUCUCGCACGAGGACUAUGGUCGUGCAACGUCAAUAUCUCGUAUUUCUAAUCAAAUCAAGGGCUCGACGGGUCGUCCACCGUACAUGGAUGGCGUGCCGGAAGAGUACCGCCAUCCCGCUGAUGUCGCUCUCCCUCCCUCGGCACGACGUGCGAACGCUACCUUCGUUCUGCUGGCUCGUAACGGUGACCUGAACGGUGUCAUGAUGAGCAUGAAGCAAAUGGAGGACCGCUUCAACAAAAAGUUUCAGUACCCUUACGUCUUCCUGAACGAGGAACCAUUUUCGGACGAGUUCAAGGAGCGUAUCCUCGAGCUCACAGAUGCCCCCGUCCAAUUCGGACUGAUCCCUCGGGACCACUGGUACCAGCCGGACUCGAUCGACGAAGCGAAAGCGACUGCUGCACGUGAGCAGAUGGUCAAGAACCAGGUUAUCUAUGGAGGCAGUGUACCGUACCGCAAUAUGUGUCGCUACAACUCAGGUUUCUUCUUCCGUCACGAACUCCUCCAGAACUACAAAUACUACUGGCGUAUUGAGCCGGAUGUCACUUACUUCUGCGAUCUGGACUAUGAUCCCUUCUUGAUCAUGCAGGACCAGAACAAAGUUUACGGCUUUACUAUCUCUCUUUACGAAUACGAGGCAACUAUUCCGACCUUGUGGGACGCAGUGAAGGAUUUCAUUAGUGAGAACCCUGACCUCAUCGAGGAGGGCAAUGCUAUGGGCUUCGUCUCGGACAACGGCGGCGAGACUUACAACCGCUGCCACUUCUGGAGUAAUUUCGAACUCGGCGACCUCGACUUCUGGCGAGGCGAGGCGUACAUGAAGUUUUUCGAGCACCUAGACUCAAAGGGUGGCUUCUACUAUGAGGCAAGUUCCUAUCGAUGGGGUGACGCACCAGUACACAGUAUUGGUGCCGCCUUGCUCGCCAAGAAGGAGCAAAUUCAUUUCUUCAACGAUAUCGGCUAUCGCCACAACCCCUUCCAGCAUUGCCCACAAGGCGAUCUCCACAAGAAGGGCAAAUGCUGGUGCAACCCUAAGGACAACUUCGACUACGAGUGGUACUCGUGCCUUGCACGCUACGACAAGCUGUUCUAAACGUCGGCGCUUCGAGCGCGCCACAGCGUGUAACACAUCUGUUUUUCUGCUCAAUAUUUAAGUUCUCCCUGUGUUGAUUGCCGGAAUGGAUCAUAUAGCAAUUUCCUCGUAUGUGUGAAUUUCUUCCAUCUCGUAGACUUUCGUCACAGUACUGUUCUUGUUAUCAAUCGUAAUGAUAUCAUAAAAUAGACUGUGAAUAAUAUUGAUACUGGAG